GCUGGGGUCCAAUUGAUGGACACGUGUAUUGUGACGUGGCAAUUGGCUCGGCUCCCGCUUCAUCCCCAGGCUUCUUGGCCUUCUUCCUUGCCUUCAACCCACCCCCCACUCCUGGCCUCUCUCUUCUUUUCCCGUUCCGCGUGCGUUCGAAUUAAUGGCGCAAGAAUAGAAGCUGGGGUUUGGGUGAUCUAUAAUUCAACCUUCAUGGGGAAUGAUGAAGCUGGGACUCCUCCAAAGUCUGACAAAGCAUCUUCAUCUAUGCAGGAGAAACCAACCAUUUGUCCGUACCCGGAUUGGACGACUAUGCAGGCAUAUUAUGGCCCGGGAGUGGCCAUGCCACAUCCAUUUUUCAGCACUUCAGUUGCUCCUGGCCAUGCACCUAAUCCAUAUUUGUGGGGGCCUCAGCCUUUGAUGCCGCCUCCUUUUGGGAUGCCAUACGCUGCAAUCUAUCCACCUGCAGGGGUUUACUCUCAUCCCCCGAUGCCCCUUGGAUCUCACAUGCAAUGUCAAGGAAUGACACCAUCGCCCACUAUUAGUGAAACAGUAGUGAUGACGACUCCUUUAAGCAUGGAGAUGCCUGCUAAGUCACCAAGCAAUAAGGAUAAAGGCCUCAUGAAAAAGCUUAAAAGGUUUGAUGGGCUUGCUGUGUCAGCGGGCAACGGUGAUGCUGAAAGUAGAGGAGGUGAUAGGAAUGGUUCAUCACAAAGCGAAGAUGAUAGUGUGGAAGGCUUAAGUGAUGGAAGUGAUGGAAAUAAUGCAGGGGGGAAUAAAACCCGAGGAAAGCAAAGCUCUAAAGAUAUACGAGGCCCAGGCGAUGGUAAGGUUGACACACAGACCAAUGCUGCUCAUGGUGUGGAAACAAGUGCAUCCUCAAAAAUGUCUCUGGGGGUUACUGUUGCAACUGCAGAUAUCUCAAGAAAGGAUGAGAGGGAACUCAAACGUGAAAGGAGGAAGCAAUCCAAUAGGGAAUCUGCUAGAAGGUCAAGGUUGAGGAAACAGGCUGAAACUGAAGAACUUGCUAUGAAAGUUGAGACCCUGGGUGCUGAGAACAUGGCUUUGAGAUCUGAAAUCAGUCGGCUAUCAGAGAAGUCGGAUAAUCUCAGAUUAGAAAAUUCAACCCUAAUGGAGAAACUGAAGACUUCACAAUCGAGCCAAGCAGAAGAGAUGUCUGCUGCUAAAAUGGAGACUGAGGGAGUCCCGUCUGUUGUUGCAGAGAACUUCUUGUCAAUAAUAGAUAACUCAAGCUCGAUUAGUGCAAGUGCACAGCAGCAGGAUGAGGCUUGUGAGAACUCUAGUGGCAAGUUCCACCAGCUUCUUGACUCCAAACCUAGGACAGAUGCUCUGGCUGCAAGCUAAUCUGCAAUUGAUCUCACUAAUCCACAGUUCUGGUCCAGUUAUAAGCCCAAAGAUAUUGCUGAUAUUAACGUUAUGGUAGGUAUCAAGUAAGUUAGGCAGUGGUAAGAAACUGAUCAACUUGAGAGUGACCUCGAGACUCAGGUAACUAGCGGGCCUGAUGGCUUGCGUCUUGGGGGAAAAAAAUUAAACAUAGUCCUAAAUGUAUGUGAUCCAGGCGACUUGUAUGAUCCAUUCAUGGUGUUGGAAAAUUUUAGAACUGGAUGUUGCUGAGGAUAAUAAUUAGAGAAACAUCUGUAUAUUUUAGGAUAUUUUAAGAAAAAUGUACUCUUCCUGUUACUGUUCUUUAAUGGUUGGCUGCGUUUGGUAUUACCGGGCAGUACUGUAUUUAGUUUGUAUUGUUUAAAAUGCUGAAUUUUCCUGAAAACGUAGGCUGCCUGGUCUGGUUCACUUG